UUUAGUUUAUAGCUUUUAUAAAAAAAAUAGCAUCCAAGACAUGGCGGCAAGACUCUGCACGGGCUGCAGUGCGAACGUGAUGGUUUCUCCACCAUUUCCUGGCUCAGCCAGAUGCGGCGGCCACCAGCAAAGACGCACCACAAUCCCAACUUUGGCUGCCAAAUCUGGCGGAUUCCCCUUUAAUUCGCUUCUGAAAAGUUGCCAAAAAUGUGAAGGCAAAGGAGCCAUUGAAUGUCCAGGAUGCAAGGGGACGGGAAAGAAUAAAAAAAAUGGAAAUAUCUUUGAACGUUGGAAGUGCUUCAACUGUCAAGGAUUUGGCUUGAAGAGCUGCCCAAAUUGUGGGCGGGGAGGACUGACGCCUGAACAAAGAGGGGAAAGAUAGGAAAUACGUUUAAAUAACAUAUAUUAUAAUUUAGUUAAUAAAUAAAAAUAUAUUUUUAGAUUAAUUUUUUAAACAUU